AUGUACGGCUGCGACGUGCCGCCAGGGCAGCCGGGCCCGGGUGAUGCAUGGCAGCAACAGGCCAUCCGUCACACAUCAGGGCCCCGCAGCUGCCCCGCCUGGCGCGCCUGUCCACUCCGGCGGGGCGUCCUGGCUCCAAACACGCCCCAAGUUCCCGCCGCACUCCCACGAUCACCGCAUCCACCACCCGCCCACCCCCCGGGCGGCUCCCGCCUGCUGCCCAUGGCUCAGGAGCACUUCCGGGGCACCAGAGAUCGCAGGAAGCGCUUCUUGCUCCAGAGAUGCUCUGCACUAGUCUGGCAGCUUCAGGAGGGUCGGCCCAAGACACAGUGGUCUUCUUUGUAUCUUGACCCCUCUUCAGAGUCUCUUCUUCAUUAA